AUGUCCAUCCGUUCAUUCACCACCCCGCUCGCACGGGCGACCCGCGCGUCCUCGUCCCGCGUCGGGCUCGACUUUGGCAUCCCCGCCGUCGCCGGGCCCUCCCGCUUCGUCUCCACCUCUGCGUCGGCGUCGUCGCCGGUCCCCACCGCCCCCGUCAACGCGGUCGGUUCCAAGCGUACCGCCAAGGGCAAGGCGGCCGCUGUUCUUGGACCCCGCUGGCAGCCCCUGGACAGCCUCCAGUAUGCUGGCGAGAAGGGCAUGGCCCCGACCCACACCCUCACCGUCUUUUCCUCGCGCAACAACACCGUCCUGACGUUUACCGACAAGACUGGUCCCCUCUUCCCCACCAUUACUUCCGGUACCGACAAGGUGUUUAAAAAGUCGCAGCGCAACUCGGUCGAGGCCGCACACCAGGCGACGCUGAAGAUGUUUGCCCGUAUCCAGGCCGUCACGACCGAGUGGAAGACGAUGCAGUACCAGCCCAAGAUCAACAUUGCCUACAAGGGUGUCGGAGGCAAGGGUCGCGAGGCGGUCCACCUGGCCAUCCUCAGCAACAACGGCGACGAGAUCCGCCCCCUCAUCACCCGUGUCGAGGACAGGUCCCCCAUCAAGAUUGGUGGUACCCGCGCCCGCACUGCCCGUCGUGUCUAG